GGUCAUCAGGCAUUGGAUCGUCUGGCUCGACAGCAGGCAUCGGGUCCACCAGGCAUCAGGUCACUUGGCUCGACAGCGGGCACCGCGUCAUCUGGCAAGGCAGUGGGCACCGAGUCACCAGGCACGACAGUGGGCUCUGAGUCAAUUGGCACGACAGCGGGCACCGGGUCAUCAGGCAUGACAGCGGGCACUGGGUCAUCAGGCAUUGGAUCGUCUGGCUCGACAGCGGCAUCGGGUCACCAGGUAUGACAGCGGGCACCGGGUCAUCAGGUACCGGAUCUUCUGGCUCGACAGCGGGCAUCGGGUCACCAGGCAUGACAGCGGGCACUGGGUCAUCAGGCAUUGGAUCAUCUGGCUGGAUCAG